AAUUAAGAAGUGAGUUUGUUUUUGUUAUUAUUAAAGUUAAAUUGAUAAUAACAUACUGUUUGCUUUGUUAUAACAGUCAAUUGAAAUAUUUUAUUACUUAUAGUGAGUAAUUUUUCUGUAUUACGCAAAAUGUCUAUAACGGCUGAUUCUAUGUCGUCUUUACGUCUUAAAUAUCACGGAAAGAAAAAUAUUUUGCUAGAAAAAAACUUAAAGAAUAAGGAACCAUUUUCGUUAUUUCGCGAAUGGCUUGAGGUGGCAUUGCAAACUGACGAGAUAUUAGAGGCCAAUGCGGCGUGCUUAGCAACAGCAAAUAAAGCCGGUGUGCCAUCGAAUCGUUUUGUGCUGCUCAAAGAUGUCACCAAUGAAGGUUUCACAUUUUUUACCAAUUAUGGCAGUCGCAAGGCACAAGACAUAGACGAGAAUCCUAACGUUGCAAUGACACUGUAUUGGUGCCCAUUGCGGCGUUCAGUGCGCAUUGAAGGCGUUGCAACAAAAAUACCACAUGAACUAUCUGCGGCUUAUUUUCAUCAACGUCCACGCGCCAGUCAAAUUGGUGCUUUGGCAAGUGAACAGAGUCAAAGAAUUCCUUCACGCAAGCAUUUAGAUGAGAUUGAAGCUAAAAUUAAAGAGAACUUGAAACCAGAUGAACAAGUUCCUAUGCCAAAUUGGGGUGGUUAUUUAAUAACGCCAAGUUGUGUAGAAUUUUGGCAAGGUCAAACGGAUCGUUUACAUGAUCGCAUACGUUUUCGCAAAGGCGAAAAUACACUAAAAGAGGUUGACAAUAAUUUAGUGCAUUUGGGUGAAAAUGGUUGGGUGUAUGAACGAUUAGCACCAUAAAACGUUUAUGACUUUAAUCUGCGAAAUAACGAAGUCUUCCAUUUUAUUGUUGUUAUAUCAAAAAACUUAUAAAAUUAUUUUACCAAAUUUUGUUUUAUGUUAAGGAAGCAUAGAAUUAUUCCUAAUCGAGCAUCUAUCAGAUAAAGCGUACAUAAUUAUAACAAUAAUGUAAGUAUAUUAAAUUUUUAUAAAUAUUUGUGGCAGCUGCAAAAUGCUUAGGCAUUUUUAAGUGAAUUU